AUGUCUUUAAAGGAUUUUUUCAAAGUAAGAACUAUAUUGGCUCUCACGCUGGACACCGCUGAAGAGAUCAACAACCAUCUGAUGACUAUCAUUCUUGGAGGGAAAAAAUUAUAUCUUAGUUCGGAUUCAAUUUGUAUGGAUGAAGAGAAUAUGGAAAGUCAACUAGAUCUCUAUGGUCCUGAAUUACUGAAUAGUAUAAAUUACUCUGGUUUGCCUCCACAUAAAUUAAUACUUAAGGUUGGUGGUUCAGUGAUGUUACUGAGGAAUAUUAACCAAUCCAAUGAUCUUUAUAUUGGUACAAGGCUACAAGUUAGAAAGCUUAGAAAUCAUGUCAUAGAAUGUGAAGUCUUAAUGGGUAACAAUGUUGGUCAUAUUGUUUUGAUUCCAAGAAUGAAUAUGAAGCUAGAAGAAGCCUUCAACAGAGCAUGCAAAAGGGAGAUAGAGACACCGAGUGACCAAGACAGUGGUGGAGUACCUUCGAACGGGCUUCGAACUGGGACAGUGGUUGCGGAGAACAGAGAUAGUGCCGGCGGCGGCGUGGCUGCGCGACGGAGGAAGGUUGCGAUUUCUGCACGAUGGAAGGGAAGGUUGAUAUCGAUGGCUACUGCGUGA